AUGUCAAUUAACUCCAUCCUGGACACUCGCUCCGUCAAGAAUCCCUCAAGCCGAACAGCCGUCAUCAUCAUUGGCGCUAUAGCAAGCAGCCUCAUAUUCCUAGCAAUGGCCGGCCUUUUAUAUCUCUUUUCCCGCAAAGAACGGGCCAGAAGAAGAAACGCCCACCAGCCAGAGGAAUUCUCUCCCCUCGAGCCACCCCCAGCUUAUAAAACCGAGGAACUAGGCACCAGAGCCCUCCACCCCCAACCGCGGCCCCUAUCCUCGUUCGCACCCGACACCAAUCGCCGGUCCCAACGCCAAUACCAAAUCCAACAGCACACCCGCUCCUCAUACGACCAGCCCCCGCCAUACCCCACACCUCCAACACUCCCAAUAUACGAUCCAUCACGGUACCAACCCAUCCGACCAAGCUCUAUGGCGGGCGACAUAAACGCCUUCCCGUAUGCUUAUAACCCCGCCCAGCCUGCAAAUCUACAUCCAUAUGCACAUCCACACCAACAUCCCGGUUCUUCUUCACGCCUCAGUGCAGUUCAUUACGAUGCCAGACUUACAAAUUCGCGGCCUUUGUCAAUGGCCGAGCCUGGACGUCCGAUGGGGCCUGGACCUGUAGCUGUACCUGUAGCUCCUAUACCCGGGCGACAGAAGGAUAUGCCACCCCCGCCGGAGCCGAGUGCUAGACAGGAAGGUCAGGAACGCAGGGAAAGGAGGGAGAGAAGUGCUUCUGAGCCAAUGCUUUCUCAGACUGGACCAAGACGACCUAAGCCUGUUUUGUCGCGGCUGAUCACCAAUUUCCGGUGA